GUUUAUAUGGAAACGAGUAAAGAACUAUGGAUAAAAAUAAGAGUAGUCGACAAAAUUCAUCAUUAGAUAAGAAAAGGCGUUUAAUUAGAUCGAAAGACUCAUCGAGGGCCGAGGAUGAGUUUAUGGCCGCCGCUAUCGGCGAUGUAGAGUGGCUUAAGCAGUCGCUGCGCCUGAAUGGUGGUGAAAUUAAUUACGAUAAAAAUGGUUUCGCUCCAAUUCACUUGUCUGCCAUUCACGGACGCUUAGAAUGUCUUAAAUUUUUGAUUGAAAAGCAAAACACGGAUGUCAAUUUGCCUUCAACAACAGGAUGGCGUCCUGUACAUUUAUGCAUCAGUAAUCAAACUGGGAAGAGAGCGUACAAUUGUUUGACCUAUUUGCUUACGAAGGGUGCUGAUCAUUCUGUGUAAGACUUAUUAAGUUUAUAAUAUAUUCCAUUCACGAAACUGUGAAUAAAUUGACAACAACAGGAAAAAUGAUGAUGGAUUAACACCGGCUCAUCAGGCGGCUAGUGAAGGACAUGUUCAGUGCCUGAAGGCGUUAAUAGAAUGUAUGGCGAAUGUAGAUGAACGAGACAAUAGGGGCCACACGCCAAUGGAUUUGGCAAAGCUUUGGGGGCAUAGGCAGUGCGCUAGAACACUAGCUAUGGAAGUUUGGCAUCAAAAGAAGGAAUUUCAAGCUAAGGAAUUACAAUAUCUACAAAAGUUAAAAAUGGCUGAAGUAUUAAGAGAGAUUGAGAUUGAAGAGAAGCUACUCUUCGAGAGCCAAGGCUUAAAAAAGAAAGAGAUUAAAAAAUCUGACGAACAAAAUGUAAAAAAACAACAAACUGCUGCAGAGAAUCAACAAAGUCCUUAUGACCCGUUCGCUCAUAAAGACCGUUUAAAUUCAAAAACCGGAAAAGUUUCAAAGCCAAAUAGUAGAAUUCUAAAACAACAACGGAAGGAAAGGCCUCCUUCCGUAAAACGUCCAAACCUAUCGAGUAGACAAAGCGGUCGAUCGGUUGUGACAGAUAGUAGCGAUACGGGCUUAUACGAGCGUAAUCAACCAUCUGUUGAAAAUCAACCCCUAGAAGAGGGAAACUUAGAAGAUGGCUGUGAACUUGGAAGAACUGGUUUCUAUAAUCCUAAUUCGUGGAAUCCAUCUACGCACAUCAAACCAAAAGAUUAUUUAACGGAUUUAGCCGACGAUUAUCCUCGCGAUGAAUAUACUAAAUUACCGAGAUUGCGCGAUCUUCUCCGCACUCCUGCUUAUGUUGCAUCGAUCAGAGAGAAGGCAGAGAAAUUGGGUGUGGACGUUGAUAAGUUGAAAGACGAACUAAUGAAGGAAGAAAAGGAGAAGAAAUGGGAAAAAUCUGUGCUCCAUAAACCAAAAAAUAUUGAAUAUUCUCAGACUAAACGAAAAUAUGAAACUCCAUUCGCGCUAACAUCAGAAGCUCCUUUUCAUUUGAUUGGAGAUUCGAAUAGUCUUCUUGUCCGCCUUAACAUAAUAGAAGAGCGUAUACCACCUACACCGUCGACAACCCUAUCAGCUCUAUCCGUAAAUCACGUUUCAGAUUCAGAUGAUAUAAUUCGAGAACAACGCGACAGAAUAGCUAAAAGUAUGCCGAAAAGAGGUCAAAUAGGUUAUUAAAACAUUAACAAUUGAAGAAGAAUAAUAUCUAUAUAAUAAUAAAUAAAUAAUCGUAAAGAUGGUUGAAAAAGUAUGUUAUAAUAAAUAAUUAUAUUGAAAGAACAAAUCAGCGCAAAAAUAUAUUUCUUAAUAUGUUUCAAACGCAAAGCAAAGAAUCAUUGCACUAAUUCAAUUCUUUUUGCUGCAUGCAAAGUGAGUACG